AUGGCUACUCCAUGCCUUUCCCGUUUCCUCCUCAUCUUCCUAUUGGGAGCCAUCAACGUUGUAGCUCAUCCUAUGAGCAAAGACAAGCCAGCAGAGUCAGGCAAUGUCGUCGUCCAUAGAACACCAUGCCUUAAGUGGAAGCCCAAAGAGGAACAUCAGCACAAUCACAUGCAUCACGGCAAUAAUAAAUACACCUUCCAGGAGAUCACGGUGAAGCUCGAUGACAAGGACGGACCAAAGCAUAAAUCUGAUGCGGAUGAGCAUGAAAAAUCGACCAAGAAAUAUCCGAGCUCGGCUUCUGCAAAGCAUGGCAAGACCACGGGCACAACCCACAACCACAAGGAUCCGAAAAGAAGCGACAGGGCCGUUAAACUCACCGACGAAGAAGUGGACGAAAUGGAAAAGCUUGCGCAGACCUAUACACUAUUGACUCGAGAAAAAAAGAAGAGGUUGAAAGAGUUGUUCAUGAGAUAUAAACAGACGAUGGAGGAGGAGGAAAAGCUCCAGAAGUCCAAGCCGGGUAGAGUCAAAGAGCCAAAGUAUAAUGUCUUUGAUGAGGCCAGGAAGCAGAAGGACUAUAAAGCUCAACUCGACAAACUUGAGAAGGACGAGGGCUACAAACCCAAGGACGAAAAACCAUGGUGGGCUCUCCCAACCGACAAACACGACCAAGCCAAACAUUAUAGGAACGAACUUGCUUUAGCUGGAGAGAAAGGAGUUGAGGCAAAGCGAAAGAUUGGGAAAAGAUGCGUGGAAGUAUUGCCAUGGUGGAUUCAGCUAAUAAUCAAGAAGGUUAAGAAGGAUAAGGCGAAAAAGAAGGCGAAACAGGAGGAGGAGAGAUGGAAGGAAAUGGUGAAGGUGGGAAGGCUGCGUGGUCUAAACGGAAAGUGGGCUGGCUCCUCGCCCUCGUUUAGGCUCCUUCACAAACCAGCAGCGGGAGUGCAAAAGGACUCGAUAUAUUCCAAGCAGGAAACAAAGAAGGAAAAGGAGGAGAAGUUGCCCAACGAACCACACAGAGAUAAGCCUAAACACUGGUUUGAGGAUAAAACGAGAAAGGCUUUUGAUGAAAAGCCCAGUAAAGAGAAAGAAACUCUGAAGAACAAGGGUUCUGGGCUCAACGACAACAAGCCAAGUUCUUCCGCAUUGCAGUAA